UGAGGAGAGGCCCAGGCCGCACGCGCGGGCCCAUCCCAUGAGAUGGGCCGGUCCAUCAGCGGCGUCUCUGUGGCUGAGUUGGAUCUGCUUCUGCACCCAGCGUCAGGCCCAAUCUAGGGGUAGGUCGCAUCGCAACCGCGCCCAGUCAGCAAUUACGUUGACGACCCCCGGGGCCCUGACUGGCGGGUCGGCAUGGGGAAGCUCAAUUUCGUCUGGGUUGUUCCGUCGUUGAACUUCUCUCGGUUCGAUGAACAUUUUGUAGCUUUCCACACUUACCGAUCACUCUGAACCGACGCAAGAGAGGAAGAGAAAAAAACGCAAGCAGCGGCAGAACAAAGAGUGAAACGCCACGAAAACCCCGGUAUCCAUACACUGUCAAUGGCAUCACAAAGGUAGCCCCGUUGGUCUCCAUUCGCCCCCCUGAACUGAGACACCAACGGUGCGGCGCGCUCCGUCACCACCGAACCAUCACCACCACCACCCCCACCGCCUCCGACAGAUAUCUUCACCAAUAGUCCCGACAGCCGAUCAGCCGACUUCGCUGUUCUCUCGCCCCGUACCGUCUGUCUGUCUGUCUGUCAAGGACCAGCAGAACUGCAAGAAAGGAAGUAAGAAACCUCCCAGACCCGAUGCCGGCCGACUUCCCCUCGGCGGCCGCGGCCCUGUCCGCCUCCCCCGAACGACGGUCCUCGGUCGAUCCCACGUCGAACCCGCCGCCGCCAUGGGCCCAACGGCCACCCCGAUCAAGCCGCCGCCACUCCCGAACCGUGCAGAGCAAGCAGCCCUUCUCCGCCACCGUCAUCCGCGCCGUCUCGAGCCUCUCGCGCCAGCUGUGGACCAUAUUCCUGCGGCUGCCCCGGAUCCAGCAGGCGGCCAUCGUCGUGGCCGCCAUCUCGCUCCCCAUAUUCUCCGUCCUCUUCCUGCUGUACAGCCACGCCAUCUUCACGUGGCUGGGGCCCGUGGCCAAGGCCUGGCGCGGCCUGCCCGGCGGCUGGCUCAUCAUCUGGGCCAUGGCCUUCGCCAGCGCCUUCCCGCCCAUGAUCGGCUACAGCACGUCCAUGACCCUCGCGGGCAUGGUCUACGGCUUCCCGCUCGGCUGGCCCAUCGCCGCCUCGGCCACCGUCGCCGGCUCCACGGCCGCCUUCAUGACCAGCCGCGGCAUCUUUAGCGGCUACGUCCAGUCGCUCGUUGGCACCGACAAGCGAUUCGUCGCCCUCAGCCAGGUCCUCCGGCGGGAUGGUCUGCUUGUCCUCACCGGGGUGCGGUUCUGCCCUCUCCCAUACAGUCUCAGCAAUGGCUUCCUUUCUACGAUACCGAGCAUCCGGCCGUGGUCGUUUGCGCUAGCUACUGCGUUUGUUAGCCCAAAACUCCUCAUACACGUCUUUAUCGGCAGCCGACUCGCAAAGCUGGCGGAGGAGGGCGACAAGAUGGCCUUCAGCGACAAGAUGGUCAACUACACUGGCAUGGGGCUCUCAGCCGUGGUGGGCGGCGUCGUGGGCUUGGUGGUGUACCGGCGCACGAUGGCGCGGGCGGCGGAGCUGGCCCGCGAGGAGCGGCAGCAGCAGGGCCCCCCGUUCGACGAGGAAGACGAGGGUGGGUACGAGGACAGCGAUGCGGGCAGCGGCCACCGCCGCGGCCGCAAUGGCGAACAGUCCGAGCUUAUGUCGGUGCUCAUGAACCCGGACGACGUCGAGGCAGCGGCGCUGAUGGACGACGACGACAUCUCGCUAUGGGGCGUGGACGAUUACGAGCUGGACCGCGGGCCGUCGGCGGAGAGUCGCUUUGCCGACGAGGAGGCUAUACUCGAGGGCAAUGGGUUCAGGGCGGGCCGGCGGUCUCAAAGAUAAGCCAUAUCCGCUCCACUCAGAGGGCUUGGAAGGAGGCGGAAGGGGGGAGUCCACGAGUACGGCUUGGUGGCAGUGAAUGUGGAGUAUGAUUGUGGGAGCGGGUUCGAUCCGCGGUGAUGUCUUGUUUUUUGUCCAUGUCUUUUUAUCCAUGGCUCAUUUCUACGGAAUUCCUGCAUGCAACGGCGUUGGGGGUUUGUGGUCUUUUGGAUAUUUAUCGUGUUUGUUAUUCCGGUUUACAGGGGAUGACGAUAGACAACAUCUAGACUUUAUUUAG